AUGUUCAAUUCGUCGCUAGUACAAAAAAAAAAUAGCAAAUGUCGUCGGCAUAUAGCAGGUAUGAAGGACUUGGCAAGACGCCUUAUCCCUAUCCUACUUUCGGGAUCUCCGCUCGGUUCUGCUAACAUGCAUUCUAAGCGGACUUUUCGUCUGGUGUGCUGCCCAUUGGUACAACCGGCGGCUUGCGAGUACGCAAAUGCGAUACGAGAAGCUAUGAAUUAUCCCUUUUUUUACAGCUUGGGUUCCCGUGCGUUCACCCGGCACGAAAUUCUUUCCGAGAAGACGUCAGGUUGCCUGAAAGUCAGGGUGUGGGGAGAUGAACUGCUUAAUGAUUUAAAAUGCGCAAGGGUUGAGCGGUGGAGGAGAGCAAAGCUACUCGCCAUCAGGAACGGACCUUACACCCCCUUCCAUUGGAACGACAGGCCCCUGCCCUAUUUGCUUUGCCUCCUUACCUCUCACUCUUAA